UUGAACGUAAAGUGAGAGCGUUCAUGGGCUUGGGUUGGGUUUGCGCCAUGGUCUCCUGGGUAAAAGUCACUUCAGCCGGACUCUGGCUAAUUUUAAUCUCAACCACGGGCACUGCUAGUUAUGUCAGCAAGAAUAUUAAUAAUGUCCCAAGCCGGUCCCUGCUUGUUAGAUAUAGAAUCUGGCCACAGCUGGUAGCACAGUUGGUGUGCAAGCAAAUAAAUGCACUCAGGAGGGUUGGGUUCUGUUUCACCCAUUUAUUAAUAAACACAAACACAGGCUCCAUGUUAUCUUAGUGACACACAGCAUUAGAGGGGGACGCUGCUUCAGGAAGAGGUAUUUAAUGGAAGCCACAGAGCCAGCAGACUCCAUCACGGAGACGGACAUCAUGGAAGAACUUGGGAACCAUUUCCAAAAGUGCAUUAAUGAGGUAGAUCGGCUUGUAGCUCAGAGGGAGAGUCUGGCUCAUGAGAUCAUCCUACUCCAGGAACCGAUGCUCCGGGAGAUCAGAGCACUGCAUGGGGAGCUGACUGCUGCCUGGAAACAGAAAGCCAAGGCGGAGCUGGAGUGCCACAGCCUGAGAGAAGAGGUACGCCUGGUCAAAUGGAGCCUUUUCAAGACUACUAGAGAGUGCGUGCAGUGCCAGUACACGCUGGAGAACCAGCGGCAUGAUGUGGCCCAGUUCUCAAUAUCCCAGGAGGAGCUCCAGAACCAAGUCUGCUCUCUUUCUGAGGAGCUUUUGCAGCUCAAGGCUGCCCAGCAGCAGCGCUUAGACCAGUUCAGGCAAAAACUAGAAAACUCCCGCAGGCCCAGAAGAAGCCUGGACCUGACGGACUGUCGCAGGUUGUCUCUGGACUUUGAAAGCUACCUGAAGGACAGCAGGAAGAGCGUGGAGGAGUUUUACGAGCCCAAGGUUGUCAGCCUCUUGAAACGGAGGCAGGCCAGCAUGGAGGAUCUGCGGCGGACCCGGGAGCAAGCCGAGGACCUCAAGGACAAACUGGGGCCCCUCAAGAGAGAGGUGGAAGUGCUGAGUCUGCAGAGGACCUGUCUUGAAGAACGGGUGAUGCUCAUCCAGAGAAAGAGGGACGAGGAAGUCUUACAGUAUCGGGAAACAUUGGAAAGACUGGAAGAGAGCAUCAGGGAACUGAAAACUGAAGUGCAGCUGCAGGAGAGAAAAAAGAAAGAGAUGGAAACCUUGAAGAACAGCCUUUCACAAGAGCUUACGGUUUACAAAGGCUGCAUUGAAGUUUAUGAAAAUAUUUUUACUGCCACCGAGAAGCCAAAAGACACAAAAAAAGAACUUUCCUGAGAAGCUAGCUCUCAAAUCCCAGAAGACAUAUAAUGCCUACUUCUAUAAGCAUUUAAAAAAAUAGUCGAUACCAAAAAUAAGCCAUUUUUAGACUUUGUUUCAAUCUAGUGUCCUCCCCCAUGACCAACUUACACCAAACUACCCUCCAUACAAAAAGGUAAAUGUCAAUGUUAGUCUUGUAUGCAAUAUCACAGUGCCAACUUUCAGUACCUAUUCCAUAUUUUUCACAAGCAAAGUGUACAGUUUGUUAUGUUAGUAAGAGUCACAACAAAAUAAAUACAAAAAAAAAAAACAAUUUAUUAAUUCCGAUGCACUUUAUACAAUUAGUUAUAAAGACGAUCGAUUGAAAGAGUGCAUAAAAAGGUCACAAUAUUUAUUAUUAAAAUAUAAAACUGACAAUUCAAUAGACAAUACCAACAUGAGCAGCUGCACAAAGGCUUGAUCCAUCAAGACACAAAGCUAAUUAACAGGGUAUUUGGAAUGGGAUAGUCCAAUUAUAUGAGGUCUGUGAUGAGAGAAAUAGCAACUGUAAAGGAUUUAAAAAUUAAAAAUAAAUAUCUGGCUUCGGAUGUGCUAGGUUCAAAAGUAAAAUUGUGAGCAGUUAAAGGCUUGAAAAUUCAGAAUCUCCCGUUAAACUUCUCUUUAGAUUUCUUUUUUUCUCUUCUUAAACUGAGAAAUACAACUUCAAUUUGACUGGUAAGCCUCUUCACCAGUAAUGCAAGAACUUAAAACAGUUCUUUAAAAACAAGGUGAUCAGGGAGAUGGAUACAUCAGAAUCCACUCAAACACCAUUCCCUACAAGGUAGCUCUAAAGGCUGGU